CUUGUGAGUGGUCUGGGCUGCACCGAGUCAGAAUCAAGAGUCAGAAGUCAGGAGCCGACAAUACAGGCUCUCAGGGCGAACGAAGUGGGAGAGGCCGAAGGCCCCACCCAAAGCUGUACACCCGUGCGCAUCGACUCAAGGCGUGCCGUAUGAGACGCCAUUGAUAGGAUCAAAAGCCUGCAUUGCGUCCUGGAAGGUUGAUCCCUGCAUGGUCAGAAGCGCAGCCAGCAUUGCGUGUAGCUAAGGAGCUGAAGUCUGAACCCAAUUGCUGAUCUUCAAACCACUUGGCAUAGGCGCCCAUUGUCUGGCUGUCUGGGAGGGCAACUUACGACUGUCUACUACAAACUUCAACCCUCAGUCCACUUUAAGUGCAACCCUCAGCUCCCUUGGAAUUUAAUCUUCAGCCCCGCGUCCUCCAGCCAUGAUGGCAGCUUGCACUCAAGUACCCUCCCCCGCAGCCGUGGUGAGCCUCGAGAGAGCACCGCUGAGACCUCAGCAGCGGUCCUGUAGGGCUCUUCUACGGCCGAAUUCGAGAUGCGGGCAGCACGUGCUCUUCCUCGGGUCCUGCCAGGAUCUUCAGGAAGGGCUGCAGCAGCGGGCACCUUUGGCUCACUUACGCAGCUCAGGGCUCAGGUUGAAGCCCUUGGGCCGGCCGUCCUCCUCCAUUCUCUGCUCCGCAACAGACUCCUCUGGGAAGCCAACAUCAGAUAGCUCUCCCGUCAGAUACUUCAAAAAUGAUGAGAGGCCGGAGGACCCCCUUGAGGUGAUUCCCUUCGACAGUGAGACUGGGCUGGUGGACCUUACCGUGCUGACCACAGUGGCAGGGACAGACCGGCCCUACGUGAGGGUCCUCGAUUCCACCGGGAAGCUCUGGGUGAGUUUCACAGGCAGGCUUGGCGGGCCUGUCAAGUUCUACGGAGACGGGACUGCAUCCAAACCCUACCUCUUCAGAAAGCCCGAAAGCGUCCCCUAUGCAGAGCGAGUUGCAUUCGCUCAAGUUUCGCCAUCUACAAUGAGCGAGUCGUACCUGCGCAACGAGCAGAGGGUCGACUCCACUGGGGCAAACAUCCCUGGAGAAGAGAAUGCCCGCUUGCUGUACAACCAUAGGCCAUUUACAGCAGCAGCGCUCCCCGCGAGCCUAGCAUACCCGGGCUUUGGCAGGUUUUUAGAUGGACUAAAGUCGAAAAAUGUUCGCCCUGGUAGAGAGGACUACGAGGCAGCGGCGGCGCUGUGCAAUGCUGGGCACCAACUGUUUUUGAAAGAGGACAAGCGCCGAGACGCCAUCAAUGCCAUCUUGUCAGAGUUCUUGGAGAAGCUCAUUGAGCCUGUCAACUUGGAAGCCCGUCUGACCACGGGACGCAUGAUUGAUUACACUACGGACGGCUCUGCGAUUGAAACCACCAAGGCCGGGGACUACAUGUCUCUGAACACCGAAUACAAGAAUGAGGGCGGCCCUGUCUACUUCCAAAAUCAAUUCUACUACAAGACAUUCUGGGGUGCCCGGCUGGAGAGUCCUCUUUUGCAGUCCUCGGUGGUUCCUACCUUCUUGAUUGAUCAGCCGGGCCCCCUUUUCAGUGUGGUCGCGGCAUUCUUCACGGAUCAUCUGCACGCGGAGCCGCUGACGCCGGCCCUCAACCUCGUCUCCCUUGAACGGUACAACCUGGAUCAGAUGGAGUACCUUGCACGGGUCCUUCUGAACCUGAAGCGGGAGCUCAAGGAGCUAGACCUAUUCAUGCGGGAGGCGGCGAACGAGAAUGCCAUCGAAAGGCGAAAAGACUACUUGCAAAGAAACCUGCCAUACCCCUUCUAUUCGCACUUUGAACGGAGCGGAUCCAUCUUCAAGAGAUUGCGUGACAUCAGCCGGCCCCGCUUUAUUACCGACGGCCAGCGGAUCUGGGUUGCGGUCCUGGAUACCGGGGAGGAGGUUCUUGUCAAGUUUGCCCAGACCUAUGGGAAGCUGGUCCACAAGGCCUGGGCCGAGGAAGGCUUUGCGCCUAGGCUGUAUGAGUGCGAGCCAAUCGCAGGAGGGUUCUUCGUUGUUGUGAUGGAGUACCUGAGCGGAGAGGACACAUGGAUCUCCAUGGCGUCUCUCAAGGACGAGGCGCGGCGGAACGUCCUUCCCCUUGUCGAGCAAACAUUGCGCCAGGCGCACGCCGUCGAAGUCGAUGGGCUAGGCGGCAAAGGGGUGCUUGGUGACUGCAGGGACCAGAACAUCUUGUUACAAUGCGAGAAGGAGGUUCUGGGAUCGACCAUGGACCUGCGUGCACAGGAUGUCUUGGCCGUGCGUUUUAUUGACUUCGAUUGGGCGGGGGUUGCGGGAGUUCAGAGGUACCCACCCUUUAUGAAUACAAAGCAAGUCGUAUGGCCAGCUGGUGUAGAGACGGGAAAUGUUAUAGAUCAACAUCACGACGUGGAUCUGUUGAGAACCGGAGGUCGGAUCGUCAAGUAGUUACAAAAUUGAGCAGUUCAGCGAUUCAGCGGUCCAGCGGUUCAGCGGUUUAGCAGUUGACUCUCAUGGGGUCUUAGUGACGCAGCCUUUGUAUAGAUUGAUUGAGGCAACAAAUUCUAACAAAUAACAGUACAUUGUUUCCUCUUGGGAUACACUGCAUACGUUAGAGAAAUAGG